CCGCCGCAAGAAACGAAUCUUUCCAUUCCGACCAAUCUUUACUAAUAUCGCCAUGAUCAGAUAUUUUCUCCUUGAGGUUAAGUGAUUGAAGAUGUGCUCGUAGACCAUCAAAGUCAGCUCGACGAUAAUUAAAUACGAAUUUUAAAGAAUGCUGCUCCAAUUUCAUGGCUGUUUCAGUCUGUUUGAAGAUGAAAAUGUUCACUAAAGCUUCUCUAUUUCAUUUUUCCACAUUUACUCAUAGUUGUUUUUCACAUUGUAGGAAUUUGACAGAAGAAGAGCUCUUCUCAAACAACGAAUGGUGCAGAAAGAAGCAGAUACAGUAAGAAUAUUUUAUCUCAAAAUGAAUGGUUAGCUCUGACCAGUGAAGAUCCAGUCCUACUAUAUAAAUAAAAAUGGUGUUUCCAUACACCAAAGUUUGUGUUAUAGGGCAAAAAAAAAAAUAUGUGGGUUUCCGGUUUCCUCUUGUAAAAACUUAGGUAGGGUAGGUCGGUUUUAACUUUUUUUUUUAAACUUUUUUUUUAAUUUUCCUAACAACCGGACUAGGGGUGCACCGGAUUUGGAAUUUUCAAAUCCAGCCGGAACUGGAUUUGGACAAAAAUUCCGGCCGGAAUCCGGCCGGAUUUGCCGGAUUUGAGAUAAACCAGUAAUGGGGACAAUUGGGGAUAAAUCAGUAUUCAAAAUGAUGGUUUAUGUUUUUUACUAUUUUUAGUUAGUGUCAGUUUAGAUUUUUGAUUGUGUUUAAACCUUUUUUAAACAUCUUUUUGUUAAUAACUUAAUAUUUUAUAAUAAUAUAAGUGGUUUUUUAAACUUUAAAGCUGCCAAAUUGAUGGUUUAUCCCAUUCUUGGUGAAUUUUUUAUGGUGAAAACAGAAAUUUAAAUCCGGCCGGAUUUUCUCCAAAUCCGGCCGGAAGCCGGAUGCCGGAAAAUUGGUUAAAUCCGGCCAGAAUUCCGGCCGGAUUUGAAAUCCGGUGCACCCCUAAACCGGACCCCAUUUUGUUUAGUCAGUGCUUCCACAUCCAAACAUAAAUUUCCCUAAUAUUGCCUCAAAUUUUCAUUUUCCACAAACGUCUUGCUCUAAGUGGAAACACUUACAAGCAUGAUCCAAUAAAAAAGUUUAGGGUCGGGAUUUCUACGUCCAAAAGCUAGGUAGGGUCGGGAAACCGGAAACCCACAUAUUUUUUUUAUUUGGCCUAGUUGUAUAAAAUUUUAAUUAUAUGUGAAGCUAAUAAAUAAAUGAUUUCAAUGAAUGUUUUUCAGAGUUUGCACAGUCCAUAGACUAAUAAUAAAAAGUAAAAAACUAAAUAUAAAGACUAAUUAAUGUAAUGUUAUUUUGUUCAGGAUUUGUUGGAUCUUGAAGAAGAACCAAAGUCUGACCAAGAACUGGAGGAAGAAGACGAGGUAAGGCGUAAAAAAAUACCUGUUGGUCCGGGUUUCAUAUCGCGAAAAAAUUAGGGUCGGUAGGUCGGAAAUAUGUUGUUUUUUAAAUAUUUUUUCAUGGUUUUUUCAAUAAUUAGUGUGACAGCAGAUGCCAUUUUGACAGCAGCCUGCAACCACCCAGAGAAAAUAGGGUUGCACAAUCGCGUUUAAAAAAUAAUAGGGUCGACAGAAAAAAAUAGGGUCGGUCGGGAACCUGAAUUUAUUGUAUCAUGCAAUUGACAUAACCAGAGAAAUAUUUUUAAAAAUCUUGAUUUGACCGUUACGGUCUGGUUAACAACCAAUUUUUCAUUUCUCCUGCAGUCAUCAGAAUAUGAAGAGUAUUCAGAUUCUGAAGAGGAAUUCGGAGCUCGACUUAAACCUGUCUUUGUUAGAAAGUAAGUGAUUGUCUUGUAUUUUGAAUUCUCGUUUCUUGUUUUGAUCAAUCCCUGUGCAAUUCCAACUGUCAAAAUAUAGAUCAGACAGAGUGACAAUUCAAGAACGAGAUAAGAUGUUUUGACCAUUCACUAUGCUAUAUCAAUUCCAUCUGUUCUCGUGUAAAAAUAUAGAUCAGACAGAGUGACAAUUCAAGAACGAGAUAAGAUGACGCUCGAUGAAGAAAAAGAGGAAGAAAAGAAAAAGAAAUUAAUGGAAGACAGACGGAGGACUUCGAGAAAGGUUGAAUUGAUUUGGAUAAUUUUGAAGUCCCAGUGAAGUGGCGAUGUGUCCUACGUCAUUUUUUUACUGUCUAAUGCCAGACACAUGUGGAGAGUUCUGCCACUCAGUGGGUUAACUUUUCCUGUUGUUUAUAUUUCAGUUGGUUGAAGAGAUCAUUCACAAAGAACUACAAGCUGAACAAGGAGGUAAAUGUUAAUAUUUAUCAUAGAUUGCUUAGUUUUAGGCUGUUGGUCAAAAUUAUUUCGCUUUGUGGCAACCCCCUGGGGAAUAGAUUUUCUGUGGUUCAAUGCAUAGUACCAUAGAUGCUCAAUUACCACAAAAAGGUCCCAAGCAAAAAACUUGCCAAACACCGAGAAAAUGGGUGAUCAGUGAUUAUCCUCUAUUAAAUUGUAUUACAGCAAGAUUACAAAUGUGAAAUUUUGUAUUCAAUUACAACAAAAAUGAUUUGCAUCAUCAGAAAGGUGAGACGGCCCACGGCCUAUUUCAACACUGGGGACCUUCAUACAAUGAGUACAACACCAUUGGCUUGGAAGUUAUGAAUCUAGGAGUCAUACUCACACUAGUCAUUGACUGAUUGUCCAACCAUCGGAAAUGAUUGAUUGUUAAUGCCACCAUCUGCCCCAUGCCGAUUUUAUAAUGACGUCAUAAUAUCAAUCGACCGAGUAAAGGUGCCAUUAUUCAUGUCAAUUUUUUAACGAUAAUUUCCAACGUAACAUGUUACUGCGACCAAAGAUUGUCAGAAUCGUUCAUAAAUGGCGCGCUUUGCCCAUUAAUAUAUUGCAGUAAAACGUCACGUAAAACAAUAGACACUCAGAAAAUUGUAAAAAAUUAAUGUGACUUUAGGUUGCAGCUGUAAUUUAAGUCAUCUUUAUUUUCUCUGGUAUACAGGACUUUCUUCAAUGCUGAAAAUUUCUGAAUAUUUUUUUUUAAAUUUCUUCAGUUGAAAAAGAAGAAGAAGUUGUGAUCACUGAUGACGAAAAUGACGAGGAAGAGGUUUGUCAAAAAAUGAUUUAA